AUGGCUACUGAAUCUCCAUUUCUCCCAAUUGAAGUCCCCGAACCGACAUCUGGGAAUUUAUAUUUGCAGGAAAGAGACACUUCUCAGACGACCAAGUUGUCUUCGUCGAUGUCAAGACCUCUCGUCAGUACACAUUCCAGGAUGUCAAGACCAUCGCAACUGUUGUCGGACAUUCGCUUCAUGACUUAUAUUGGGUUUGCUGAGUUACAGGCUAGCGAUGCCCUUGUUGCUGUUGUCCCUUUCUGUCACAUACAUGGACUUGCCCUCCUCAUCAUACACUCAAUACACAGAGGUUUUAAGGUAGUCGUCCUGCCCAGAUUCGAACCCGAAGACUUCCUCGGAGCAAUUCAAAAGUACAGAGUUACCUUCGCAUACCUUGUCCCACUCAUCAUCUUCUUACUAGCCAAAACCUCCUCAGCAGGCAAGAUACUCCCCAACCAACCCGUGAAGGUCGCAAACGAAGCAGAGCAUAUCGGCCAUAUUACAGCAGAUAAACAUGUGUAUAUCACGGACCGUCUGAAGGAGCUUAUCAGGAAUAAGCGUGCCCAGGCUACGCCAGCAGACCAGGGCGGGCUUGUUGGUGGGCAUGAGAAAGUUGUUGAUGCGUGUGUUUUGGGACUGUGGAAUGCAGACGAAACUACUGAGGUACCACGAGCUUAUAAAGUCAAGAAUCUGGCUGCUAGGGAUGUUGAGGAUGUGGUUUGGGAGAAGGAGCUGUGGGGUGGGUCGCUGAUAAAGUUUCUGGACACAAGAGGUUGA